AUGGGUGGUAAGGUUGAUUCAACGGUUAAUAGAGGCAAUGCUCCUUUUUGCUUUAGAAUUAGUGGAGAAAAUUACCAUUCAAUCGGAAGUCUUAUGCCAAACAACGGAGCGCAACCAAAAUUUUGCCAACUAUACAUAUAUGAUACUGAGAACGAACUUACAAACAGGCAAGCGAUAUUUAGUCGUUCAGAGGAUUCAUCGUCUUCUUAUUCUGCUACUCUUGAUCGUAAGUUAAUAGAACAUAUAAAAGAUGUUUUAGAUAACGACAAUGAGUUGGUCAAAACUUACAGAAGAGCUAGGGAUUCUCUUCAAGACAGCCCUCAUGUAAAUUUGAAGCUUCGCCUAAUCGGAACAAGAGAAAAAGAUGGUCGGAGAGAUAUUGUUGUUGAGACUCAAACUGGUACAUUGAAGAGAAUUAGUGAGUUGCACCCGUCAUAUCUCGCACUACAGUAUCCGAUUUUGUUUCCAUACGGAGAUGAUGGCUACCGAAUUGAUAUCCCUCACAGAGGUGUCAUUGAUGUUGUUAAUAAGAAACGUCCAAAUUGUACUAUGAGAGAGUUCUUUGCUUAUCGUAUGCAGGAUCGGAUAAAUCAGUUUUCGUUAAUCUUGAAUUCUAGGAGGUUAUUCCAGCAGUUCUUGGUUGAUGCUUAUACUAUGAUAGAGAGUGAGAGACUUAGCUAUAUACGAUAUCAACAGAAAGAUCUUAGGUCUGACACAUAUGAAAGCCUCCGUAAAUUAAAAACACAUGGUCAAGAUGAUAUAUCUAAGGCUGGAAAACGUAUCUUCUUGCCAUCUUCCUUUACUGGUGGAGCACGAUAUAUGAUGCAAAACUAUUUAGACGCUAUGGCUCUGUGUAAAUGCUUUGGUUAUCCGGAUUUUUUUAUAACCAUAACAUGCAAUCCCAAAUGGCCAGAAGUUCAACGCUUUCUCAAAGACACCAAUCUCAGUCCGGAAGAUAGGCCUGAUAUCCUUUCCAGAUUGUUCAAAAUUAAGCUUGAUUCAAUUUGCAAAGAUUUAAAAAAGAAUCAUCUAUUUGGCAAAGCUUCAGCAGUUGUUUACACAAUCGAGUUUCAAAAACGUGGUUUGCCUCAUGCCCAUUUAUGCUUAUUCAUGGAGCCUGAAUCGAAAUUACCUACGGUGGACCAUGUUGAUGGAUUUAUAUGCGCAGAAAUACCUGACAGAAAUCAAGAUCCAGAAUUAUUCAUGCUUGUGAAAGAAUAUAUGAUACACGGUCCAUGUGGUAAUGCUAGGUUGAGUUCUCCAUGUAUGGUUGAUAGGAAGUGUUCAAAAGGCUUUCCCAAAGACUUUCAAGAUCAUACUACACUAGAUUCAAACGGGUUCCUUUAUACAGAAGGAGAAACAAUGGCCGCUUCGAUAAAGUAUUUGUUUAAAUACAUUAAUAAAGGACCUGACCGAGCGACUAUAGCCGUUGUUCAAAGCGAUAAUCAAUCUGACGAACAAGUACAAGGCGAGAUAAAAGAGUAUUACGAUUGUCGAUAUAUAUCAGCUUGCGAAGCAUCUUGGAGGAUAUUUGCCAAUGAAGUGCAUUAUAGACGACCUUCUGUUAUGAGACUUCCGUUCCAUCUACCUGGCCAACAACCUGUUGUUUUCGGUCCUGAUGAGGAUAUUAACUAUGUUCUAAACAAACCAUCUGUUAAAUCUUCAAUGUUUCUCUCAUGGAUGGAACGUAAUAAAGACCCAAAUGACACAUUGGCGCGUACACUUACAUAUGUUCAGUUUCCCAAUUUUUAUGUUUGGAAGCUUGAUAAGCGAGUAUGGGAACCUAGACAAAGGAAAACAGCUAUUGGCAGGAUUCAUUCUGUACCUCCGUCACUUGGUGAAGCUUAUUUUUUGAGAAUUCUUCUUAACAAGGUCAGAGGACCAACAUCGUUUGAUGACAUUAAAACAGUUAAUGGUCAUGUUUACGAUACAUAUAGAGAUGCUUGCUAUGCGCUCGGUCUUUUGGAUGAUGACUCCGAGUAUGUGGAGGCAAUAAAGGAAGCAAGUUUAUCAGGAAGCGCUUCAUAUAUUCGUAAUUUAUUUUGUACCAUGCUGUUAUCCAGUAGUCUUUCUAGACCUGAGGUUGUUUGGGAAAGUUCAUGGAAAUACAUGACAGACGAUUUUUUAUAUAGACUUCAGAAAUACCAUCGAGUUACAGCGUUAUCAAUUCUGGAGCACCAACUGAAAAACUAUGCUUUGUGCGAGAUUGAGAAGUUUUUACUGCGAAAUAAUUCAUCCUUGCGAAGAUUUCAAACAAUGCCAUUUCCAGAUAUGUCGUCUUCAGGCAGUUCAGAUAGUCGUUUGAUAUUCGAGGAGCGGGCGUAUGAUAUAACACACCUUGGAAAUCUCUACGAUAGUCAGUUGACAAUGUUAACUGAUGAACAACGCUCUGUCUUUGAAGAAAUUAUGGCAGUAGUGAAUGGUAAAACAUUUCUAUGGAAGACAUUGUCCGCUGCAAUUAGAUCAAAAGGUCAAAUCGUCUUAAAUGUGGCUUCAAGUGGAAUUGCAUCGUUGUUGUUAGAUGGUGGCAGGACUGCACAUUCCAGGUUUCACAUACCUUUGAAUCUUACUGAAGACUCUGUAUGUAAUAUAAUACCAGAAAGUGACGUGUCUAAAUUACUUCAUGAGACGAAAUUAAUAAUUUGGGAUGAAGCACCUAUGGUACACAAACAUGCAUUCAAAGCGCUGGAUAGAACAAUGAAUGACGUUUUCAACAUCGACCCAUCUCUCAAUUCAGACAUCAGGUUUGGAGGUAAGGUAAUUGUUUUUGGUGGCGAUUUCAGACAAAUAUUACCUGUCGUUCCAAACGGUGGAAGACAAGAGAUUGUUAAUGCCUUCUUAUGUUCGUCUUACUUGUGGAGUAAAUGUAAAUUGCUAAGAUUAACAAGAAACGUGAGGUUAACCGUUGGAAGGUCGACGGAAGAAAUUGAAGAAAUAAACAGUUUUGCCAAAUGGCUUUUGGAUUUGGGUGAGGGUAAUGUUGGUGGUCCAAAUGAUGGGGAAGCAACUAUUCAAAUACCACAAGAUCUUCUUAUUACUGAUGAAUCUGACCCAAUUGCAAGUUUAAUUGAUUUUGUUUAUCCAUCAAUCUUGCAAAACAUCAACAACCAUAAUUAUUUUAGUGAGCGCGCUAUACUUGCACCGAAGAAUGAUGAAAGAGAGUAUCUUAGCUCUGACAGUCUUUGUCCGACCGAAGAUGUAAAUGCUACACAACAAAGAAUAUACUCUCCGGAUGUGCUCAAUGGACUUAAAAUUUCUGGCUUACCAAAUCAUAGGUUGGUGCUAAAAGUUGGUGUUCCAGUAAUGUUAUUACGAAAUAUUGACCAACGUAAUGGUUUGUGCAACGGUACAAGGCUACAAGUAAAAAAGUUGUACAACCGUGUAAUAGAAGCCGAGAUAAUAUCUGGUGCAAAUAUUGGUACUUCUACAUAUAUACCUCGAAUUAAUUUGAUUCCUUCUGAUAAAAAGAUUCCUUUUGCUUUUCAAAGGAGGCAAUUUCCACUUUCCGUAUGUUUUGCGAUGACAAUAAACAAAAGUCAAGGCCAGUCGCUUUCGAGAGUUGGUUUGUACCUGAAACAACCCGUCUUCUCUCAUGGUCAAUUGUAUGUUGCUUUAUCAAGGGUGAAAACAAGAGAUGGGGUCAAACUACUCAUACUUGACAACAAUGGAAAACCGACAGAUAAAACAAGUAAUGUUGUUUAUAAAGAGAUUUUCAACGAAUUAUAA